GUCUAGAGUGCCUCCCGCCCCUGAUCUCAUUGGAGCCUUCGCGCAGCCCUGCCCAUGGCCACCGAUGCCCCCAUUUCCCACAUGAAGAAACCGAGGCUCCGAGAAGCGACGGGGCCCUCGGAAGGCGGCCCCGGUAGCGGGUGGCCGCGGCACUAAACGCGGACCCCCGGCGGCCGGACGGGCUCCGAGGCUCCUCCCCGACCCUCCCUUCCUCCGCGCCGCCCCCGGGGCUGCACCCGCCGCCGAGUGUCCCGCCGCCGCUGCAGAGUCCGGCUCCCGCCUCCCAGCCGCCGCGCGGAGCUCCCGGACGCGGGCUCCCGGUGGGCACGGCCCCCGGCACCCCCGCCAGGCACCAUGGACUGGAAGACGCUCCAGGCCCUCCUGAGCGGCGUGAACAAGUACUCCACGGCGUUCGGGCGCAUCUGGCUGUCGGUGGUGUUUGUCUUCCGCGUGCUGGUGUAUGUGGUGGCCGCAGAGCGCGUGUGGGGGGACGAGCAGAAGGACUUUGACUGCAACACCAAGCAGCCGGGCUGCACCAAUGUCUGCUACGACAACUUCUUCCCCAUUUCCAACAUCCGCCUCUGGGCCCUGCAGCUCAUCUUCGUCACGUGCCCCUCGCUGCUGGUCAUCCUGCACGUGGCCUACCGCGAGGAGCGCGAGCGCCGCCACCGCCAGAAGCACGGCGACCAGUGCGCCAGGCUGUACGCCAACGCGGGCAAGAAACACGGUGGCCUGUGGUGGACCUACCUGUUCAGCCUCAUCUUCAAGCUAGCCAUCGAGUUCCUGUUCCUGUACGUGCUGCACACUCUGUGGCACGGCUUCGGCAUGCCGCGCCUGGUGCAGUGCGCCAACGUCGCACCCUGCCCCAACGUCGUGGACUGCUACAUCGCCCGGCCCACCGAGAAGAAGGUCUUCACCUACUUCAUGGUCGGGGCCUCGGCGGUCUGCAUUGUGCUCACCAUCUGCGAGAUCUGCUACCUCAUCUUCCACAGGGUCCUGCGGGGCAUGGCCAAGAACAAGUCCCCCAAAAGCCGCAGCCUCCCAUCCUCCACCAGCCGAGCCUCCACCUGCCGCUGCCACCACAAGCUGGUGGAGGCCGGGGAGCUGGGCUCCGACUCUGGUGAUGACAAGGGGCACGCGUCAGCGCCCACCAUGACCCCCAUCUGACCACAGGCUGGGGAGCAGCCCUGGGGCUACCAGGGGGGACAGGUGGGGCAGUACUGCACUGGUGGAGGGGCCCUACAGGUGCAGGGUGCACCCCCCUCCUUUUGAAUUCACUAAUCUAUCUAAUUUCAUUGCUGGCCGACUUCCUGUGCACUGGGCACUGUGCUGUCGACCUGGGUAAAAGUCUCCCAACCCAGAGCCAGGGGAGGCAGAGGUUGAAACAAGCAAAUUCACUACUGCAUGGAAGGGGACACUUAGGGGGCUCGCAGAGGGCUUCUGCCUGACCCAGGAGGAGGUGCUCAGGCCCAGCUUCACUGAGGAAGUAAUGUCAGAGAGGCAGGAAGUGCUUCUUAGCAGAGAGAACAGAGGUGCAGAGAGAAGCCUGGAGACCACAAAGAGGGAGAUGCUUGCCCUGGUUGGAUGCACCAGAUCCAAGGGAAUCUCCAUUUCCUUGGGAGGAGCACCCAGAUUUCUGGGGUGGGAAGGAGGUAGUCUCUAAGCAGUGGGAAGUCUGUAGGGCUAAGAGUGAGCUUGUGAGCAGGAGCGGGAGGAGGCUCUGCUGACACCAACCCCUCCUGAGAUAUGCAGGGACCUUCCCAGUCCCCACUGCCUUCAGGGGAAGCCCCCUUCUGCCUAGUCUUCCUCCCCCCAGGUUCAGAUAACUUUGCUCCCAUCUUCUCCCCACAAAUGUGCUCAACUUGGUGCCAGCUUCUCAGACCCGUGCUCCCAGAGACUCAAGGUAGAUGUUUCUUGAAAUCAAUAAAGGCUGUGUUUUAUA